AUGCCGGGGUCGCAUAUACAAUCCGAGUACCUCACAAGAGAUGCUCGAGAGUCAAUUCUUUUACUCCAAGAUCAACCUCUGACUGCACUAAUCAUACAAGACACCCAUUGCCGUUGCGGUCAUCAAGGUGUUAAUGGAAGUUUAGCCAACUUACGCCUUAUAGUCGACACAAGUCCGGUAACUCAAGCCAUCAUAAGCACACUUAGAGAGCGUAUCCUGGAGACCAGCAUCCGAGGAAAAUACGUAAACUCCGAAGAUGAGCUCGUGCUGAAGAAGGCAUGGAACGCGAUGCCCUUUCGUCCAUCGAGAAGACAUCGAAACGAAAUCGUGGACCACUUCAACACUACCAUCGAUGUCGACACUCAGGAAACAACACAAAAAUCAACACUGCCCAUCAUAGGGGGAUCUGUGAACAAACAGCUUCUGAAAAAGAAGAGCUUAAAAGCCAUUGUCAACACCCAAGACCCGAACUUACAGUUCCGUGAACAAAAAUUCUGUUCUCGAAAAAAUAGAAGACAGCAAUUCGUGAAUACCGGAAAGGAGCAGAGA